UUGUGAAAUAUGCCCGAGCCCGCGAAGUCCGCCCCCGCCCCGAAGAAGGGCUCCAAGAAGGCCGUGACCAAGGCGCAGAAGAAAGAUGGCAAGAAGCGCAAGCGCAGCCGCAAGGAGAGCUACUCGGUUUACGUGUACAAGGUGCUGAAGCAGGUGCACCCCGACACGGGCAUCUCGUCCAAGGCCAUGGGCAUCAUGAACUCGUUCGUCAACGACAUCUUCGAGCGCAUCGCGGGCGAGGCGUCGCGCCUGGCGCAUUACAACAAGCGCUCGACCAUCACGUCCCGGGAGAUCCAGACGGCCGUGCGCCUGCUGCUGCCCGGGGAGCUGGCCAAGCACGCCGUGUCCGAGGGCACCAAGGCCGUCACCAAGUACACCAGCUCCAAGUGA